AUGUCCACGUAUGAUUUGCACGAUGCAUGGCGUACAAUUCAUCCAAAUGCUCAGGAGUACUCUUGGCAUCGCCCCAACGGCCGUCAAGCCUCGCGAAUAGACAUGAUUUGGCUUUCUGCCUUGCUCUUGUCCUGUGUCAAGCGUGUCAACAUCCUUUCCUUUUUCCGCUCCGACCAUUCCACUGUAUAUUUGGAGCUUUGUCUUCUGUCCGCCACCCAUCAUGGAGAUGGUGUUUGGAAGUUGAAUACUCGGCACCUUUCAGAUGAGUCCUUCGUUAAACUUGUGUCGGACUUUGGUCAAGUUGGAGAGUGUAUAAAUCUUCUUUCUUGUCGCUUACUGCGUGGUGGGAUGCAGGCAAAGCGCGACUAAAACAAUAUAUCCGUGAAUUUUCUAAGAAGAAAGCUGUCAGCCGUCGAAAGCUCAUUACAUUGUUAGAGCAUACCUUAUUUCAUUUCAACGGACGUCUGCUCAAUGGUGACGAGGUCCUUCCAAUCAUUGAAGAUGUUAAAAGUGAACUGGAGCCUGCUCAUCGAGAUGAAGCGGGAGAAGCCCGUAUUCACGCAAACGUUCAAUGGGCAGAAGAGGAAGAAGCCUCUAUACCAAGUAUUUUUGUCGGUUUAGAACGUAAACGUGGUCAACACAGGAUCUUUACUUCAGUUAAAAUCAUGGCCGGCACGGUGGUUUCUACCUUCGUGGGUAUCGCUCGGGCGUGGGUGGCCUUUUAUGGUUUACCAUUUACAUCGCAGAGCCUAGAUCGAAUUGAACAAGACUUCUUCUUGAAUUCUUUGUCAUUGAAACUGUCCAGAGCUGAACAAAGUUUGUGUGAGGGGGACUAA